GCCGGCUCCGUGAGCAGCCCCGCUAUGGCGCCCAAAGGCAGCUCGAAGCAGCAGUCGGAGGAGGACCUGCUCUUGCAGGACUUCAGCCGCAACCUCUCGGCCAAGUCGUCGGCGCUCUUCUUCGGGAACGCCUUCAUCGUGUCGGCCAUCCCUAUCUGGUUGUACUGGCGAAUAUGGCACAUGGACCUCCUGCAGUCGGCCAUUCUCUACAGCGUGAUGACCCUCGUGAGCACAUACCUGGUAGCCUUCGCCUACAAGAACGUCAAGUUCGUUCUCAAACACAAGGUGGCACAGAAACGGGAGGACGCCGUAUCCCGGGAGGUGACGCGCAAACUUUCAGAGGCCGAUAACAGGAAGAUGUCCCGGAAGGAGAAGGACGAGAGGAUCCUAUGGAAGAAGAACGAGGUGGCAGACUACGAAGCCACCACCUUCUCCAUCUUCUACAACAACACACUCUUCCUAUUGCUGGUGCUGAUCGCCUCCUUCUUCGUCCUGAAGAACUUCAACCCCACUGUGAACUACAUUCUGUCUAUCAGCACAGCAUCAGGCCUCAUCGCCCUCCUGUCCACCGGCUCCAAGUAGCUAUGGGGUCUGUCGGGAAUAGACGGGUCAGAAGCCCAAAUGGGA